AUGUCAACGCGCUCAUCCACUGGUUCUGCUUUAUUUAUGCGUCCUUAUACCAAUCCAUUUAAAAUGACUCAACCUAGUGAGAUGUUUGGCUACAAAGAAGCUAAAGUAUUGCGCGAGAGAGAAGCAAGGAGUAGUUUAUUAAGUAUGUCGCUUGUUCAACGUACAAAUUUGCUCCAACCAAAGAUACCGCCAUGCAAAUCGCAGCAAACAACGAUAUCUAGAUCUACAAACCAUUCAAGUAAUGUUUCAACAAUGUCUCGUCGUGAAGGAAAAGAAGCUAGAUCUCAAAGAAUAACAGAAUUUAUUCAAUCAAAGCGAGAGGUAUAUAUGACACAGUUGUUGAUUGACAUGAAAACUCAAGAAAUUAAUCGUCUCAAAAAAGAAGAAUCAGACAAUGAAAAAGAGUUUGCAGAUGAUGAAUCAGAAAUAAGUAAGACAGGUGAGAAGUACAAAUACCUUACAACUAAGAUCGAAGAAGAACUCGGAAAGGCAAGAAAAGCUGCAGAACUUGCUACGCUUGAACAUGUCACUCUUCAGCAAAAACAGAAAAGACAGAAGCUUGCGAAUGAUAUCAUGCGUUCCGAAAUUUCAAAGAACGAAGAAACUCUCGAAUAUUACAAAACUUAUCAGGAAUUUAUUGACAAAUUUAAUGAUGAACAUCUCAUGGAUAGUCCAGAUAAUCUUAUCAAUGAGUUUACGCAAAUAGAAAAUGAAAAUCUGUUCUUAAUAAGAGAAUGUGAUUAUUUUCAAAAAGCAAUCAAUGGAACGAAAAUCCCAACUGAAAAUAUCAUCAAAGAAGUUAAUUCUUCACUUGCACAGCUUGAAGAAAUUGUUUCUAAGCGAGAUUUAACUUCUCAUUCAAAAGUUACUCCAAAACCAGAGAUAUCCGAAGAAAAUACAGUUGCAGAAAUCAAAAGGCUUGCAGAACUUAUUCAUAAAACAUUUUACAACUGUUUUAAAAUUGAUUCUGAUAUUCCUCCGAUUGCAAAGCUUGAAAAAAUAGAAAAUACCAUGGAGGACAUGUAUAAAGCCCUCGAAUUGGUAAGUCCUAAGUUUAUUGCUGAGAAACAGGCCAAAUUUGAUAAAGAUCGCCGCGAAUUAAUGAGAAUUGAGCAGCAAAAGGAGAAGGAGAGAAUCCAACAAGAAAAGAAAGAACAAGCUCUUGAAAGAGCCAAUAAACCAAUCAAGAGAAACACUGGAAGACAUCUUAUGGAAAGAUCUCUUCCAUUACACUACCAAAAGACAAAUAAUGAAGCUCUCCUUCGACAAAUCGCAGAGCAACAGGCCAUGGAAAAGUUCUUAUUUGGUCCUGCUCUCGAAUAA